CCACUCAACUACGACUACUCUGACUCUGACUACGGCUUUAAGGUGACCACAGCUGGAUUCAGCCCCAACAACGAGUACCUCAGACUGCAGGGCAAGAUCUACCCACAAAGGACUUCCCAGCUGCCCACAUGCUCAUCGAUUUCCCUACCGUUUUCGCCGCUCCCUAUGAAGUGAUCGAGACUGACUACGACAGCUACUCGUGCGUGUAUUCCUGCAUCGACUGGAACGGCUACAAGUCCGAGUUCGGCUUCGUCUUCUCCCGCACCCCACAGACUUCCGGUCCAGCGAACGACAAGUGCGCCUCCGUCUUCCGCAAGAACGGAGUCGACUUCUCCUCGUUCAAUGAAGUUGCUCAUACGGCCGAAUGUGUCUACAGAGCUUAGAGUUUACGAUAUUUUUAUCCAUGAUUCACAUUUGAGUGUAUAUAUGUCCUUUUCUAAUAAUAAUAAAAAAAUGUCGAAUAAUAGUCAUAAAUAUUUAAUAUAUAUUUAGAUACGCAUCGAAAUACUUAUCGGUGAAUGAUUUUAAAUUCAUACGCAAUGAAAGAUUAUAACUUCGAAAAAAUAAAACUAAUAACAUCUGACAUGCAGAGUAAGGAAGGUAAAAUCAAACAAUACCCAAAGAUACAAUGGCGUUUAAUGAAAUAAAUCUGCUUACAGUCUGCGUAAUGAAUAUCUCUAAUAACUGAUAAUUAAUUUGGACUGUUUUAUUCUGUAUAAAGUCAAUAAGACUGUUGUGAGAAAUAGGUCAUUUUCAUUAAAUUAGCAAACCGAAUCUGUCCAAUAAACCUGGAAUAAACA